AUGGCUGAGCCCAUGGAUGUCGACAUUGGGCCACCACGAGGCGUCAAACGCACGGCGGAAGAAGCAGGCUUGCCUCCUGAGGCUCCGCGUCGUAUCAAGGCAUGUCGAGGACUCCGGAGCAAUGUCGUCAAUAAAAUCGCCGCCGGUGAAAUCAUUGUCGCUCCUAUGAACGCUCUCAAGGAAUUGCUCGAAAACUCUAUCGACGCUGGAUCAACUUCUAUCGAGGUACUGGUCAAAGACGGCGGCCUCAAGCUCUUGCAAAUCACUGACAAUGGCCACGGAAUCGAGAAAGACGACUUGCCUAUCCUCUGCGAAAGGUUUACAACAUCCAAACUGAAAAACUUCGAGGAUCUUAUGUCCAUUGGCACCUACGGUUUCCGGGGAGAAGCCCUCGCCAGUAUCAGCCAUAUUGCUCACCUCAAAGUAACUACCAGGACUGCCAACUCGAGCUGCGCAUGGCAAGCGCAUUAUCAAGAUGGAAAGCUAACUGCCCCCAAACCUGGUCAAUCUCCAGACCCGAAACCCUGUGCUGGUCGUCCUGGUACUCAGAUCACUGUUGAAGACCUCUUCUACAAUAUUCCAAACCGUCGUCGAGCCUUUCGAUCUCCGUCAGAAGAGUAUGCCAAGGUGCUUGAUGUUAUUACCCGAUAUGCCGUUCACCGCGAAGGGGUUGCCUUUUCCGUGAAAAAGCACGGUGAAACAGGCAUAGGCUUCUCGGUGGCCGCUGCUGCAACCAAAAUCGACAGACUCAGACAGGCAUACGGUGGAAGUAUUGCAAAAGAGAUCGUGGAGUUCGGCACCGAAGAUUCACGCUGGGGCUUUAAAGCUGCGGGCUAUGCUACCAAUGCUAAUUACAGUUCCAAACGGACGGUGAUACUCCUCUUCAUUAACAAUCGGUCAGUCGAGUCAUCAGCCGUCAAGAAAGCUAUCGAGCAGACAUAUCAGUUAUUCCUUCCCAAAGGUGGACACCCAUUUGUCUACCUCAGUCUGGAUAUUGACCCUGCCCGAGUUGAUGUCAAUGUACAUCCCACUAAGCGAGAAGUCCAUUUCUUAAACGAGGACGAGAUUAUCGAAUUGGUUUGUGCAAACAUCCGGGAAAAUCUGGCAAAAGUCGAUACGAGCAGGACUUUCAAGACACAGACACUCCUGCCUGGAGUCACACCGAUGACGCCAAUUAAUCCAAGGACUCUGGCUGGAGAUCAAACAGCUGCUGCAGACGAGAGUACUUCAAGACGGACCUCAAUUUCUAAAAAGCCUUAUGAAAACAAUUUAGUACGCACCGACUCCAAAAUGCGAAAAAUCACUUCAAUGCUUCCGCCAGCCUUGACAAGUUCAACCUCUCAAGACGAAACAUUGGCAACUGCCGGUAUACGGUACGCAACCACCGAUCGAGAACAAAUCCAAAUACGCCUCACAUCCGUGAAAAAUCUCCGUGCUGAAGUCCGUGAUGCAAUGCACAAUGGUCUGACCGAAGUAUUCGCCUCUCUAACCUAUGUCGGUAUUGUGGACAGCAACAGAAGACUCGCAGCCAUCCAGUCUGGCGUCAAACUGUACCUCAUCGAUUACGGCAUGACCUGUAACGAAUUCUUCUAUCAGGUCGGGUUGACCGACUUUGGCAAUUUCGGGCUCAUCCAGUUCGAGCCUGCGCCUAACCUGAAGGAGCUUCUCGAAGUAGCAGCAGAGCAUCAAAUCUCAACUGAUCCGACUUGCACAGGGCUGAACAAAAGCCAAGUCGUAGACAAGGUAUAUGACCAACUCAUGAAAAGCAAAGCCAUGCUAGCGGAAUAUUUCUCCCUCGAGAUAUCCGACGACGGUCAUUUGCAGACGAUACCACUGCUGCUGAAAGGGUAUACACCAUGCAUGGCCAAGCUACCCACUUUCUUGUUGAGGUUGGGGCCUUUUGUGGAUUGGACGGAAGAGGAAGGGUGUUUUCGUACCUUUUUGAGGGAGUUGGCGAGCUUUUACGUGCCGGAGAUGCUGCCAACGCCUAGACCACAACCGCGUACGGUCAAGGACCCAAGCAAGGACAAGCAGGAGGGAGAAGCUGAUGUUGACGAUGAAGAUGUACAAGAUGUCAGAAACAAGCCAGAAGGUGACAGGCGAUAUACACAUGCACCUGAAGAUCUGCAAGACGACGAUACCAACAAGAACAGCAGAGACGACGUCGACGAAGCUACGGAGAAAAGGAGGACAGAACUCGAAUACGCACUAGAGCACGUGCUCUUCCCUGCGUUCCGGUCAAGAAUCGUCGCGACGCAAGGAAUGUUGAAAGGUGUCGUCGAGGUGGCCAAUUUGAAGGGCCUGUACCGUGUGUUUGAGCGGUGCUAG